AUGGAAGUAGAUAGCACUGGAUCAGGUAUACCAGAAAACAGCACUAGAACAGACUCGAGUGAGAAUGUUGUUGCUUGUAUUCCUUCAUCUUCUGGACUAUCGAUUACUCUUCAUCCACUGGUCAUUUUGAAUAUAUCGGACCAGCACACUCGGAUCAGGAUGCAGACUGAAAAUACAGACAGCAGCAUUGCAUUGCAUCAAGUUAUUGGAGCUCUGAUUGGCAUUCAAAUCGGUCGUGAGGUGGAGAUCCUCAACUCGUUUGAACUGCCCUGUACGCUGGUGGACGGCCAGACUAUUGUGGAUAUGUCUUAUUUUAGUUUCAAGCAAGAUCAAUACAAGCAAGUCUAUCCAACAAUGGAUUUUCUGGGAUGGUAUUCGACAGGCAUGACUCCAACACAGUCUGAGAUCUAUAUCCAUCAACAGAUGUGCCAGCACAAUGAUGCACCGCUCUUUCUUCAAAUGCAUUUCAUCCCAUCGGAUGUUCCUGCCAUAGAGUUGCCCAUCACAUUUUACGAGUCGUUGGUGGAUAUUGUUGAUGGUGUUCCACAUACUUUAUUUGUCAAGUCUAAAUUCAAGAUUGAAACCAGUGACGAAGAGCUGUUGGCCAUUGAGCAUGUGGCUCAUGAAACCAGCGAGGAAGGCCAGUCUAAAUUAACCACUCACCUCAUUGGGCAGCAGAAUGCCAUUUGCAUGUUACAGUCUCGUGUGAAAGCACUCGUGCAAUACAUGCAAGAUGUGGAACACGGUGUAUUGCCAAAAAAUCAUACUUUGUUGCGACAGAUUUCAAGUCUAUGUAAUCGUUUACCAACGCUUCAAGGAAAUGAUUUUGACAAUGAAUUCAAUGUGGACUACAAUGAUGUAUUGGUCAUGACACUAUUGGCCGCCUUGACCAAGGGAUCGCAUUCAUUGAACGAGCUGACAAACAAGAUCAACACCAUACGAACCAAACGGGCUUUGCAUAGACCUAGCACUGGAUCGUCUGGAGUGGCAUUUGGACAAUCUGCAGGAACAUUGGGUAUGCAUAUAUAAAUAAAGAUUUAUUUCCAUUCACG